AUGGCGGGAAAUGACUGGGUGAACAGUUACCUAGAGGCGAUUCUCGACGUCGGUCCCGGCCUCGACGACGCCAAAUCGUCGUCGUCGUUACUGCUCCGGGAACGAGGUCGGUUCAGUCCCACUCGCUACUUCGUCGAAGAGGUCAUCACUCGCUACGAUGAGACUGAUCUCCACCGCUCCUGGGUUCGAGCUGCCGCGACGGCGGGAAGCGGCGAGGAGAGGAACACGAGGCUGGAGAACAUGUGCUGGCGGAUUUGGAAUCUCGCUCGUAAAAAGAAGCAGCUUGAGGGAGAAGAAGCUCAAAGAACAGCUAGCCGCCGGCUGGAGCGUGAGAGGGGAAGGAGAGAGGCGACUGAGGAUAUGUCGGAGGACUUAUCGGAAGGAGAGAGUAGAGACACGGUUGGCGAUAUUUCGUCUCAUGGUGAUAGCACUAGAGCAGGAAGAAUGCGUAGGCUAAAUUCUAUGGAUGUGAUGGACAAUGUGAUGGAGAACUGGGCUGCUCAUCAGAAGGAGAAGAAAUUCUAUAUAGUACUAAUAAGCCUUCAUGGCUUGAUACGUGGUGAAAAUAUGGAGCUUGGUCGUGAUUCUGAUACCGGCGGGCAGGUCAAGUAUGUCGUGGAACUUGCCAGGGCCUUGGGUUCAAUGCCUGGAGUUUAUCGCGUUGAUUUACUAACAAGACAAGUUUCAGCUCCAGAUGUGGAUUGGAGUUAUGGGGAACCAACUGAAAUGUUGAAUCCAGUAAACUCUGAUAAUCCACAAGAGGAGGGUGGGGAGAGCAGUGGGGCUUAUAUAGUGCGUAUACCAUUUGGCCCAAAAGAUAAAUACGUUCCAAAAGAACUCCUUUGGCCUCACAUUCCUGAGUUUGUAGACGGAGCGCUUAACCAUAUUAUACAGUUGUCCAAAGCUCUUGGAGAGCAGAUUGGAGGUGGGGAACAGGUGUGGCCAGUGGCAAUUCAUGGACACUAUGCAGAUGCAGGUGACUCUGCUGCUCUUCUAUCUGGAGCCUUGAAUGUCCCAAUGUUAUUUACUGGUCACUCACUUGGACGAGAUAAGCUUGAGCAACUUUUGAAACAAGGCCGCCAAUCAAGAGAAGAAAUAAAUACAACAUACAAAAUUUUGAGAAGGAUAGAAGCAGAGGAACUAGCACUUGAUGCCUCUGAGAUUGUUAUAACCAGCACCAGACAGGAGAUAGACUCGCAAUGGAACUUGUAUGAUGGAUUUGAUCCAAUACUAGAACGUAAACUGAGAGCAAGAAUAAAAAGGGGUGUCAGCUGUCAUGGCAGGUUUAUGCCUCGCACAGUUGUUAUACCUCCUGGAAUGGAAUUUCAUCAUAUUAUUCCACCUGCUGAUGGUGAUGCAGAUGGGGAUGGGGAAAGAAAUGAAGAUAAGUCUGCUAAUCCUGACCUGCCAAUUUGGUCAGAGAUCAUGCGUUUCUUUACCAACCCACGCAAACCUAUGAUACUUGCUCUUGCCAGGGCGGAUCCUAAGAAAAAUAUCACGACUUUAGUUAAAGCAUUUGGAGAGUGUCGUCCAUUGAGGGAUCUUGCUAACCUUACAUUAAUUAUGGGAAACCGCGAUGAUAUUGAUGAAAUGUCCAGCACAAAUGCCUCCGUGCUUCUUUCCAUUUUAAAGCUGAUUGACAGGUAUGAUCUCUAUGGUCAUGUGGCAUAUCCCAAGCACCACAAGCAGUCUGAUGUUCCUGACAUCUAUCGUCUUGCAGCAAAAACCAAGGGUGUUUUCAUCAAUCCAGCUUUCAUUGAACCAUUUGGGCUUACUUUAAUAGAGGCAGCAGCUCAUGGCUUACCUAUUGUUGCCACAAAAAAUGGGGGUCCUGUUGAUAUACAUCGGGUUCUUGAUAAUGGUUUGCUAGUUGACCCCCAUGAUCAGCAGUCAAUUGCUGAUGCUCUUCUGAACCUUGUUUCGGAUAAGCAUCUUUGGGCAAGAUGCAGACACAAUGGACUAAAAAACAUUCACCUUUUCUCAUGGCCAGAGCAUUGCAAGACCUACUUAACUCGCAUAACCAGUUGCAAACCAAGGCAGCCACAGUGGCGAAGAACUGCAGCUGAAUUUGAUUCUUCAGGAUCAGAUUCAUCACCUGGUGAUUCUUUAAGGGAUAUAAAAGAUAUAUCUUUGAACUUGAAGCUCUCUAUGUCUUUGGAUGGUGAGAGACUUGAAGGGGCAGGAACUCUUGAUAAUUCUUUAGAAAAUGAUGCCGCUGAGGGAAAAGUUAAAGAAGAGAAUGUGGAUGUGACAAUGUCAAAGGGUGUUCUAGAGGGCCGUCAAAAGGCUGGUGCCACAGAGAAAGAAGACACUGCUGGUGCUUGUAAAUUUCCUGCACUGAGGAAAAGGAAGCAUGUGUUUGUUAUUGCUGUGGACUGUGAUGCAGCCUCGGAGUUCUGUGAUAUCAUUGAAAAGGUUAUUGAGACAGUAUCGAAGGAAAAAUAUGCAGGACCUGUCGGAUUUAUAUUAGCAACAGCCUAUUCCAUAUCAGAAAUUCAGUCUAUUUUAGUCACGGGCGGUUUGAGCCCAUCACAGUUUGACGGCUUUAUAUGCAGCAGUGGUGGUGAGCUCUACUAUCCAUCUUCAAGCUCCGAGGAUAGUCCUUGUGGAUUUCCCUUUGUGGUAGACUUGGAUUAUCGUUCACACACUGAAUACCGUUGGGGUGGAGAAGGUCUGAGAAAGACUUUGGUUCGUUGGGUCGCUUCUUUCAAUGACAAAAAGGGAGAUGGACAAGUUGCAGCAGAUGAGCCAGGAACAACUAAGCAUUGUUAUGCAUUUAGUGUGAAAGAUCCACCAUCAAUUCCCCCUGUCAAGGAACUCCGGAAAAUUAUGAGAAUUCAGGCUCUUCGAUGCAAUGUUGUAUAUUCUCGGAACGGUAUGAAGCUUAAGGUCAUCCCUGUGUUGGCCUCUAGAUCACAAGCCCUCAGGUAUCUGUAUGUCCGGUGGGGAUUGGACUUGUCAAGCAUUGUUGCCUUUGUGGGAGAACUAGGCGACACAGACUACGAAGGCUUGCUUGGUGGUGUACACAAAACUGUUAUACUGAAGGGAGUAGGAAGCAGCUCUUCUAAGCUUCAUGCUAACCGAAAUUUUCCUUUGGAACAUGUCCUUCCAGUUGGCAGUGCCAAUGUUGUUCAAAGCGAAGGUUGCUCUGAACAAGACAUUCAAGCAGCACUUGUGAAACUAAAGAUCAUCAAGGGGUAGACAGCCCCUUAUGAAUGAGCUAUUAGGAAGCUGUUUCUCCUUAU